AUGUGCGAUUGGAUGAAACGAAAAGCAUGCUCUCUAAUCCUUGCCAUUCUGUGUCUAGGCUGGGCAAAUAGCACAUGCCUUAAUAGCUACUGCUGGCCAGCUGCACAGCAUAGUCAGCAGCAGAAUAUGCACGAGUCAGGGACAUACUCCACCGAAGAGAAGAAUAUCUGUUCAGAACUUAGUAGACAAGACCUUGUAGACUUAGCCCAUCAAGUUGAGCGUCCGACGCUUUACAAUCUCCAAUCGCCCAAAGACGACAAUCUCUGGGAUAUGUUUGUGGAUUUGGCCAUCUAUGCGAAUGUUAGGGAUCCAAAAACUAUUGCCGAUAGCACAAGCAACAUUAAAUUGGAAACAUUGCUUUCCAACUACAAGGAGACUAAGAAUUCUUCAACAGAUUGUCUGGUCGAUAUGCUAAAUGCCUUUUACAUCGACAACUUCACAGCCAGAACAGACAGCCAAAAUCAAGAGGUCAUGCAAUGCAAGGAAAAUCAGUCCAGUACUAACCCAAUAGCACCCCCGGCAUCCACACUGUUCUUUACACCAUUACCCAAAUACAGGACUCUCAUCGAUCAUAUUGAUUGCUUGUGGGAUAAAUUCUACACACCGCCCGAAGAGUCUCAAGCAAUACUCACCACCCGCAUUAAUCUAAAACAUCCAUUUGUUGCUCCCGGCGGUCGGUUCCAAGAGUGCUAUUAUUGGGAUGCUUUCUGGAUCAACAAAGGGCUUAUGCUUAGCCAGAAAAAGCAAUAUAUCCAGGACACACUCAACAACUUCUCUGAUCUUUUGAAAACGUACAACUUUAUUCCCAACGGCACCCGCCACUACUACACCAACCGAUCCCAGCCGCCUCUCUUUCUAAGCAUGCUCACCGAUUCCCUAGAAAGUAUGACCAAGCUCAAAGAGAAGUUCAAUGCUGAUAUGUUGCUAAAUAAGUCACUUAGCUCUAACCCAGAUACUAACUCCCACUCAACUCCAAACCAAAACACUAACACUACUACCAGCUUAAAUACUAAUCAGAAAGUUUCAGCCGAACCAUUCCGGCCCAAGCAAUCUUUAAUUAGCCAACACCAAACCGAUAUGUCUUUUUACAACCUUAAUAUCUCACCUAGCCAGCUCUUUGAUGCCGAAAAAGAGUAUUUGUUCUGGGAGAACAACCGCCGCGUACUAGUCAAGCGAAAUAACGAUAGCAAAGCCUAUCACCUUUUCCGAUACCGUGUCACCAGUCAGUCACCGCGCCCAGAGAUGUUAAAAGUUGACCUUGAAGACGGCUAUGCCUACAUGAAAUCUAAAUCCAAAUCCAACAAUAUUAAUGAUGCCAAGAAGCUCUUUUCUGAGAUAGUUUCAGCCACCGAGUCAGGCUGGGACUUCUCCACUCGAUGGCGCGAGUAUCAUGAAGAGCAUAGUCAAUUCGGCUUUCUACAGACCUCGCACUUCAUUCCCGUCGACCUUAAUUCAAUCAUUCUGAAGAACCUACGUUUGCUAGCAGCCAUCUACAAGCACCACAAUCUCCCAGACAAAGCCAGGAUAUAUGCGGCAAAGGCUCAGGCCCUAGCUGAAGCCAUGGACAUCAUUUUCUGGGACUCUAACAUUAGCUGCUGGCGAGAUGCCGAAAUAGACAAAGACCACCAGCCCACCAGUCCUACCGAGCCAUACAUUGUUUAUGCAAAGAAAGACACCGUCACUUACAUGAGUGAUUUGUAUCCGCUCUUUUUCGACCUAGCCAGCGAUCCAGGAAACCAUAUCUUUAGUGCCUUCUACUCAAGAAUGCAGAGUCUUAAUUCCCCUCUCCCGGGCACUAGCACCUACUGCUGGCAAGUCUCACAACCCAGCAAGUCAAGCACCUCUGCCUGGGUACAGAACAAGGGCGAUCAAUGGGACGGAAACACUGUUUGGCCGCCUCUUAUUCAGCUACUACUUGAGUAUCUCAUCCGGUCCUCUCAACCAAGCCUAGCCCUUGAUAUAACCCAUAUCUUUAUGAAAACUCUCAAUAUCUACUAUAGUGACCACAAAGUCAUUCCGGAAAAGCUUAGUUUUGAGAACCAAUCAAUCGGCGAGUAUACAACUCAAAGCGGGUUCGGUUGGACCAACGGAGUAAUUCUCUGGAUGGCCUAUAUCUUCGCUGACCACCUACCUAAGUAA